AACAAGGUUGUUUUUUUUUGGUCCGGCUGUGUAGACUUCAUUUAUCAAUCUGCAUUAUAAUUGUACGCUGUUUGUAUUUUUAAUUAAAUACACUUUAUACAAUGAUUAAAUGGCGGAUAUUGUGAAUCAAGGGAACGAAGGAGAUCUUCAGGCUCAAAUUGAAGAGGUUGAGGCUUUGUCUUCCAUCUACGGUGAUGAAUGGUGCGUGAUAGAUGAAGCGUCCAGAAUAUUUUGCAUCAAAAUAUCCAGUGACACCGAGGAGCCAAAACUGACAGCAUGUUUGCAGGUAAUUCUCCCAGCUGAUUAUCCAAGCGCAGCUCCACCCAUCUAUCAGAUCAAUGCAGCGUGGUUGCGAGGCUCUGAGAGGGCAAAAUUGGCAAACAGCCUGGAAGACAUCUAUGUGGAGCACAUGGGUGAGAGCAUCCUCUACCUGUGGGUGGAACAAAUCAGAGACUUUCUUGUGGAGAAGUCCUACAGCUCUGAAGCAGUGGAUCAGCCAGGAAAAGUGAACACAGCUGAAGAGGAAGUGGAGGACGAUAAAGACUUUCCUGAUUUCAGCGCUCUCGGAGAGACCACAGAGAAAGCACUUCUGUUCCUGGACCAGGAAAAUGAUGAAGAGAUUCCAACAAUAAAACAUGGAGAUACUGUAACCGACAGACGAAGUACCUUCCAGGCUCAUUUGGCACCUCUGGUUACUGCCAGACAGGUUAAAAUGGUUCUGGAAAAACUUUAUGAGAACAAGAAGAUUGCCAGUGCCACUCAUAAUAUUUAUGCUUACAGAAUUUACUGUGAGGACAAACACAGCUUCCUGCAGGACUGCGAGGAUGAUGGGGAGACAGCCGCAGGGGGGAGGCUGCUCCAUUUACUGCAGAUUCUGGACGUGCGUAACGUGUUGGUGAUCGUGUCUCGGUGGUACGGAGGUAUUUUGUUGGGUCCUGACCGCUUUAAGCACAUUAACAACUGUGCUAGAAACAUCCUGGUGGACGAGGGGUACACUGCCUUCACGGGCGAGGCCACCAAAUCAGGUGCAACGACCAAAAAGAAUAAAAGCAGGAAGACUAAAUGAGUUUGAAAAGAAGAA